AAUCCUUGCAAAUUUUUUUCUUCCAGGCUUCAGGCACCUCAAUUCAGUCAAUUGUAACAAUGAAAGGCAUAAACAGGUGGCUAUCCUUCUAUAUGGAUGAAAGUGUUAACCACGAUUUCGCCAUCCGAAGGUAUUGCCCUGCAAGAAUGGAGCAAGAGCAAGGAGGAGAUAAGUGCCAAGACCAAGAGGCACUAGUUUUUUAUGACACUGAAUUAUGUUCUUCUGAUGCUACCAGCAGCACUCCUUGUUUGGCUUCAUCUGAGGUUGAUGACUUUGUUGAUAGCUUCAUCAACAUGGAUCAGUAUGAGUACGUGAAUGAAGAUCAAGGGUUCCAAGAGAAGCAUCGAAGUUUUGACCACUUUGUGGUGAAUGAUGAGGAUGAGGCUGAUGCAUACUCCAUUGUGAAUGGUGUCUUUGAAUAUGUUCCAACCACCUUGGAGGAUUCAGAAUUGGAGAUCUAUGAAGAUGUCACAACAGCCAUGUUGGAGGAAGAGGUUGCAAUGAAUGGCUCUUUUUGUGCUAUACCUGAGUUUGUUGUGCCUUGUACACAAGAGGCCAAUCUUGGUGUGGACCAAGGGUUAGACUUGGUUCACAUGCUUUUGGCCUGUGCUGAAGCUGUGGGGUGCAGAGACAACCAGCAGGCAGAGUUGCUUCUUAGCAGAAUUUGGGCUUUGGCAAGUACUUCAGGAGACUCGCUGCAGCGAGUCUCCUACUGUUUUGCCAAAGGAUUGAAGUGUAGGUUAUCACUGCUUCCUCAUAAUGUCAUUGCAAAUGCUACACUUUCCAGUAUGGAUGUGCCUUUCAUUACUAGGGAGAAUAAGCUGGAAGCUUUUCAGCUUCUGUACCAAACCACACCUUACAUUGCCUUUGGUUUCAUGGCUGCAAAUGAAGCCAUAUGCCAAGCAUCACAAGGAAAGAGCUCAAUACACAUUGUUGAUUUAGGAAUGGAGCAUACCCUUCAGUGGUCUUCCCUAAUAAGGGCCCUUUCUUCAAGGCCUGAAGGGCCUCCAACACUCCGGAUCACCGGAUUAACUGGCAAUGAAGAAAACUCAAAACUUCAAGCUAGUAUGAAUGUGCUUGUGGAAGAAGCAAGCUCAUUGGGAAUGCAUCUUGAAUUCCACAUAAUUUCUGAGCAUUUAACUCCAUGUCUUCUUACUAUGGAGAAGCUGAACUUGAGAAAAGAAGAAGCUUUAUGUGUCAAUAGUAUCUUGCAGUUGCACAAAUAUGUCAAAGAAAGUAGAGGCUAUCUGAAGGAAAUUCUUCUAUCAAUAAAGAAGUUAGGUCCAACUGCACUUACAGUGGUAGAGCAAGACACAAACCAUAAUGGCCCUUUCUUCCUUGGGAGAUUUUUGGAAUCACUGCACUAUUACUCGGCCAUAUUUGAUUCUCUUGAGGCAAGUAUGACAAGAAAUAGUCAACACAGGAUGAAAAUAGAGAGAUUACAUUUUGCAGAGGAAAUUCAGAACGUUGUAGCUUAUGAGGGUCCAGAUAGAAUAGAAAGACAUGAAAGGGUAGACCAAUGGAGAAGGCAAUUAGGCCGAGCAGGAUUUCAGGUAAUGCCACUGAAGUGCACUAGUCAAGUUAGAAUGAUGCUUUCUGUUUAUGACUGUGACGGAUAUACAUUGUCCUAUGAGAAAGGAAAUCUUUUACUUGGGUGGAAAGGAAGGCCAGUAAUGAUGGCUUCUGCAUGGCAAGUUGCAAGUGUGUGAUUUUCCCUAUUAAGAAACAAGGAGCAGAAUGAUCAUGCACUUCUGCAUAUUCACUCAUUAAAGAUACAAAAUUUUCCAAGUAUGUUUUGAGUUAGCUAUUUGUGAUUGUAAUUCUUGAUCAAGGAAUUCAGUCCUAGAAUUCCUAUGGUAAUGUUUCAGAUAUGAAAAUAAUCUACUGCCGGAAGGAGAAAAAGAUAUACGAAGUUUUCGAAGACCAUUGGAACUUGCCAAGAAAUAUCAAAUUGAAGAUAGCACAUCAACUUUUGAGUCUUUAAAUCCAGUUUUGCAGAUAGCACAUAAACAAUGCAAGAAUUUAGUUAUUAUUGUUUAGUAUUUCAGUAAUAAUACUUUUUUAAUGAGUUGUUUUUCUGCAAUAUUUUUCAUUUUGUCCCUCUUCCUGU